CGUGGGAAGCUCGGGAAAGAUAGACUUGGACGCUGGUCUUUGCUUUCUGAGAUCGGAGAAAACUGGACCUUCUCUCUGUGAUCUUGUUCUCUCUCGCUUUGUGUCAGAGAUGGGAAGACCACCGUGCUGCGACAAAGAUGGCGUGAAGAAAGGACCUUGGACACCAGAGGAGGACAUAGUAUUGGUGUCCUACAUCCAAGAACAUGGUCCAGGGAACUGGAGAGCUGUUCCUACCAACACUGGCUUAAUGAGAUGCAGCAAGAGCUGCAGGCUCAGGUGGACAAACUACCUUCGGCCGGGAAUCAAGCGUGGCAACUUCACUGAUCAGGAGGAGAAGCUUAUAAUCCACCUCCAAGCUCUUCUAGGCAACAGAUGGGCAGCUAUCGCUUCUUAUCUACCAGCGAGGACGGACAACGACAUCAAGAAUUACUGGAACACGCAUCUGAAGAAGAAGCUCGAAGGCGGCGCCGAUUGCCAGAAGAGCAGCGGCAGGCAACAAAGCUACCGCUCCAUCUCCAAAGGCCAGUGGGAACGGUGUCUCCAGACCGACAUCCACGUGGCGAAGCGAGCUCUGUGCGAGGCUUUGUCCAUAGAGGAGUGUGAUGGACGCAGCUCCAUCACCAGGCCUUCGGUCUACGCGUCGAGCACCGAGAACAUAUCUCGGCUUCUCGAAGGAUGGGGCAUCGCUCCGGCGAGUUCAGCGUCCAGCCAGGGAAGCGCGAGCACUUCCCGCUGCAUCACGUCGUCGCUGGAGCCGCUAGAGUCGCUGUUCGGACUCGGAGAUUCAGCGCGGGAGUCGUCGUCGUCCGAGCCACCCUUCUCGUUGCUGGAGUCAUGGCUGCUUGACGUCGAGAGCGUCGGAAACGGGCAAGAGAGCUUUCUCGACGUAGCAAUCGAUGGCACAGGCGAAAUGUUCUGAGAGGGCGAGCUUUUACUACCUCGAUCUUCUUCGAUAGACCUUCUGCUGAUGACACUAAUUCUUCCGAUGUUUUGAUCGGAAACAGAGUUUGUUUGGUAGCCAAAGGUGUAAAUUUGCUUUGCUCUAUGCAGCAAAUCUCCAAUGUUUGUCUCUCCUAAGUUUCAGGAAAUAAACACUAUUGAUUGUCCUAAAUUUCUUUUGACAGAUUAGAGAUUAACAUAAAUCACAACUGCUGUUUCAUCUUGAUAGGAGAUGUGGAUGCAGUUUU